GUGGGGGGAGAGAGGAGAGAGGAGUGAGGAGUGAGAAGAAAGGCAUCGUGUGUAUGUAAGAGUGUUAAGGGAGAAGGGUGAGAUGCUUUCGGCUAAGCUUGCUCAAACUGGCCUCGUCUAUGCUGUAUUGGGCACUUGUGGAAUACAAACAUCAUUCAACAUCUCUUUUACUACAUUUUUGCAACACCUACCCCUCCCCCCUCUCUCUCUCUAUAACUCGUCCUAGGUUUUGAUUUUCUUCUGUGAAUUUUUCCUACUACACACUCAACCUUUCCGUCCACAACCUCCUCCUCCUUUUUUCUUCUUCUCACAUACUCUCUCUCUGUAUAUAUAUUAUUUUAUUCCAAUCAAGAGAGAAAAAGCACAAUACGCACCCCGAGACACACACACAGAGUUUAACCUUCCUCUGCAGCACUGCAGGCCAACCCAAAUUAACUUUUUAUUUUCAAAAAAAAAAUAUUAACCAAGAGAGAGAGAGAGCGUUUAUUUUUUUAAUUAUUAUUCCUGAUGUGAGAGUGGGAAAUAAUAAUAAAAAAAAUCUGUUACUUACUGGUUUCUCUUCUCUUUCUCUUCUCUUUUCAAUAAGGCCUGUAACUAUAACUGUAACUGCAGCUGAAGGGGAGAGAAAGAGAUCAGAGAGAAAAAAGAAUGUGGGAUCUCAAUGACUCACCCGAUCGGAGGAGAAAGGUUGAGGAAUCCGAAGAAGGUUGCUCUUCUCUCAAGAACUCCAUAGACGGAGACGACGAUAACAACAACAACAACAAUAAUAAUCAUAAGGGAAAGAGAGUUGGAUCUGUUUCCAAUUCAAGCUCCUCCGCAGUUGUCAUCGAAGACGGAUCAGAAGAAGAAGAAGAACAACAAGAAGAAGGUAGCGUCGUAAGAGCAACAACGGACAUGAAGAAGAGUAGAAGAAGCAAGAUAUUCGGGUUCUCAGUAACCCACGGUUAUGAUGAUGAAGAAGAUGAAGAUGAAGAUUCCAUGGAUAGUGAGAACCACAGCCAGGUAGUGACUCGGCAGUUUUUCCCCAUGGAGGAGGCUGAUAUGGCCGCCGCAUCAUCACCGGCUGGAAGCGGCGGUGACGGUGACGGCGACGGCGACGGAGGUGGCUCUACUUUCCCACGUGCUCACUGGGUAGGCGUGAAAUUUUGCCAAUCAGAAACACUUGGUGCUGGAAAAUCAUCACUGGAAGCUUCUCAACCCAUGAAAAAAAGUCGCCGAGGACCGCGGUCAAGAAGCUCACAGUACAGAGGAGUCACUUUUUACAGAAGAACCGGUCGAUGGGAGUCUCAUAUUUGGGACUGUGGAAAACAAGUGUAUCUGGGUGGAUUUGACACUGCACAUGCAGCUGCUCGUGCAUACGAUAGAGCAGCGAUUAAGUUCCGAGGAGUGGAGGCAGACAUAAACUUUAACAUUGAAGACUACGAAGAAGACUUGAAGCAGAUGAGCAAUCUGACUAAGGAAGAGUUUGUGCACGUUCUUCGCCGACAAAGCACUGGGUUUCCAAGAGGAAGCUCUAAAUAUAGAGGUGUAACUUUGCACAAAUGCGGAAGAUGGGAAGCUCGAAUGGGACAAUUUUUAGGGAAAAAGUACGUCUAUCUGGGUUUGUUUGACACCGAGAUUGAAGCUGCAAGGGCCUAUGAUAAAGCAGCAAUAAAAUGCAACGGCAAAGAGGCCGUCACCAAUUUUGAUCCCAGCAUCUACGAAAAUGAGCUUAAUUCCGUAGAACCCACAGGUAAUGCUGCAGAUCACAAUCUAGAUUUAAGUUUGGGCAAUUCAAGUUUCAAAUCUAGCAACAAUAAUCGAGCAUUGGGGAAUCACACCACAAAUGUUCAAGAUCAUCACCAGCAGCUCAUGCCAUCUGAAUCCAAUUGGCGAAAUGGUGCAAGCAAGCCUAAGCUGGUGAAUAUCCUACCAAAACCGUGCAAUAGAAACAUGGAAGCACAUGGAGGAAGGGAUUUGCACGGAGAGAGUGAAGCCUUGAGGAUGCUGAGUCAAACCCACAUCCAUUCUACUACUUGUUCAGCAUCUAAUGAAACGCAAAGAUAUGGACCCUACAGGUCCCCAGGGGAGCCUCAAAUGCUUCACAAUUUUGCACAUCUUCAACCACCAAAUUUUUAUUUCUCCAGCAGCAGUAGUAAUGGGGGUCGCAUUGGGAAUGAUCUUUCAUUAUCAAUGGCGGAUCAUCAUCAACAACAGUUGCAACCAGGACCUCCACACCAUUAUUUGGCCACUGCUGCAGCAUCAUCAGGAUUCCCACCACAGAUUAUUAGACCCUCUUCUCAUCACCAAGGUUGGCUGCAGAAAAAUGGCUUCCACACAAUUAUGAGACCCUCCUAACUCACUCCACUCUUACCCUUACCCUUCUUUACAUAUAUGGAAAAAAAAAAUAUAAAUGUCAUUUUUUAUUUUGAUUAUUUGUUAGAAAGAUGAAAUGUUUCUUUUUAAUUCCAAAGUUUUUAAUGAGUUUCUGACUAUUUAAUUAACUGGUCUAAGCAGCUUUUGAUACAUUAGUAGAUUUUUGUUUAUAGAGGCUACUUAGACCCGUUAGUUAAAUAGUUAGGGACCAAUUAGAAAUUUGUGAAUUGUGAAAGGACUUAUUAUCUUUGAAGCAAAUCAUCAAAGUGGAAAAUGACAUUUACUCAAAAAAAUUAAAAAUUAAAAAUUUUCCUGCCUCCCCAUUUUAUAUUUUCUAAUUAAAAAUAAUGAUUAUAUAACAUACAUGCUCACUCUGCCCCUUAGUAACAAAAUUAUGUUCGGAUGACGUAGUAUUUUUCCAAACAUACCAUUGAUGUCACUCACCAGAAUUGGGAGAAGAAAUGUGAAUUUGCACUUCUUGUUGUGGGACCUACAAUUUUAUCCUAAGGUGAUGAUGAUAUAGUGUGUUUAGAAAGGUUUGUCAUCCAAACAUUACAUUUCUUUAAAAUUUUCUUAUUUUGGCAUGUAAAGAUGGAAGCAACACUAUUGUUAUGUCCAACCCAGACUCAGAACCCCUACUACUAUAUACAAGAACAAAAGCUUUUACUAUUGAGGUGAAAGAAGCAGAUAACACAUGCAAGAAGGAAAAGUGACCCAAAUUAGGAACUCAAUGCAAUGGUCUAAUGGGUCUGGGUCAGUCAACUAACAAACGGACGAAAAUCUUUAACUAGAUAUAUAUUAUAUUAUAUAUAUUCUAAAAUUUUCCGAUCUUAUAUAUAUAUAUAUAAUUCCGAUUUAUUGCUUUUCA